AUGUUGAAGAAGUUCCAGAGUCUCUCUGAAGGCGUCGCUGAAGCUGGAAAUCAAACCGUUCUGAACCAGAUCUACACAGAGCUCCACAUCACAGAGGGGUUAACUAGAGAGGUCAACCAGGAACAUGAGGUCAGACACAUUGAAACAGCAUCCAGGAAACAAGAAACAAUCAGAAGAGAAGACAUCUUUAAAGUCCCACCUGGAAGAGAUCAACCAAUCAGAACAGUGAUGACCAUGGGAGUGGCUGGCAUUGGGAAAACACUGUUAACACAGAAGUUCACUCUGGACUGGGCUGAAGGCAAAACCAACCAGAACAUUGAUUUCAUAUUUCCAUUCACUUUCAGAGAACUGAAUAUGUUGAAAGAAGAAAAGUUCAACUUAUUAGGACUGAUUCAUAACUUAUUUUCUAAAACCAAAGAUAUCAGCAGCUUUGAAACGUUCCAGGUUCUGUUCAUCUUUGAUGGUCUGGAUGAAAGUCGAUUUACUCUGGAUUUCAAGAACAAUCCGAUCCUGACUGAUGUUACAGAGUCCAGCUCAGUGGAUGUUCUGGUGACAAACCUCAUCAGGAGGAAACUGCUUCCCUCUGCUCUCCUCUGGAUAACCACACGACCUGCAGCAGCCAAUCAGAUCCCUGCUGAGUUUGUUGGCAUGGCUACAGAGGUCAGAGGGUUCACUGACCCCCAGAAGGAGGAGUACUUCAGGAAGAGAUUCAGAGAUGAUGAAGAGAAGGCCAGCAGGAUCAUCUCCCACAUCCAGAAAUCAAAAAGUCUCCACAUCAUGUGUCACAUCCCAGUUUUCUGCUGGAUCACUGCUAAAGUUCUGGAGGAUGUGAUGAUGACCAGAGAGGGAGAAAAACUGCCAAAGACUCUGACUGAGAUGUACAUAGCAUUCCUGGAGGUUAACUUCGCAAUCAAGAAGGAAAAGUAUGAUGGAGGAAAAAAGACAAGAUCAAUCUGGAGUCCAGAGAACAAGAAGCUGAUUGAGUCUCUAGGAAAACUGGCUUUUGAGCAGCUGCUGGAGGGAAACCUGAUCUUCUAUGACGAAGAGCUCAAAAAGUGCGGCAUCAACAUCAAAGAUGCUGCGUUGUUCUCAGGAGUGUUCACUGAAAUGUUUAAAAGAGAGAGAGGGACGUGCGACAUCUCCGUCUACUCCUUUGUUCAUCUGAGCAUCCAGGAGUUUCUGGCUGCAGUCUACAUGCUCCACUGUUUCACCAGCAGGAAGUCAGAGGUGAUCAAGACGUUUCUGGGAGAAAAAUACAGAGAAACAUCUCUAGAUGAGUUCAUGGAGAAAGUCAUGGAGAAAUCCCUCAGCAGUAAAAAUGGCCACCUGGACCUGUUUGUCCGUUUCCUUCAUGGUCUCACUGUGGAGUCCAACCAGAGACUCUUAGAAGAUCUGCUGGGUCAGACAGAGAACAGUCCAGAAACCAUCCAGAGAAUCAUCACCAACCUGAAGGAGAUGAACACUAAAAUAAUCUCUCCUUUCCCAGAUAUAAUGAACACUGAUAGAAUCUCUCCUGACAGAAGCAUCAACAUCUUCUACUGUCUGGUGGAGAUGAACGACGUCUCAUUUUAUCAGGAGAUCCAACGGCUGCUGGAUUCAGGGAAGCAGCUCUCAGAGACUGACUGUUCAGCUCUGGCCUUCAUGCUGCAGAUGUCAGAGGUUCUGGAUGAGUUGGACCUGGAGAAGUACAACACAUCAGAAUCAGGACGACUGAGACUGUUUCCAGCUGUGAGGAACUGCAGAAAGGCUCGACUUGGUGGCUGUUUGAUCCAAAAGGCUGAAUGUGAAGUUUUGGCCUCGGCUCUGAAGUCCAACCCAGAUCUGACUGAACUGGAAAUAAAUGAGAUCUACAUAAAUGAAGGUGGAGACUCUGAUCUGAAGCCUCUGGUUGAGAUCCUGGAGAGUUCAGUCAGUAAAGUGAAGAAUCUGAGAUUGAGGGAAUGCAGUUUUUCAGAGACCAGCAGGACUUCUCUGUUCUCAGCUCUGAAGUCCAACCCGACCCAUCUGACAGAACUGGACCUGAGCUGCACCAACCUGGAAGGUUCUGUAGUGAAGGAGCUCUGUGGUUUUCUACAGACUGAAGGCUGCAGACUGGAGAUAUUGAUAUUGAAUCUCUGCAGUUUGUCAGAGACCAGCUGGACUUCUCUGUUCUCAGCUCUGAAGUCCAAACCGACCCAUCUGACAAAACUGGACCUGACCAGCACCAACCUGGAAGAUUCUGGAGUGAAGGAGCUCUGUGGUUUUCUACAGACUGAAGGCUGCAGACUGGAGACAUUGAUACUGAGGGGCUGCAGUUUGUCAGAGACCAGCUGGACUUCUCUGUUCUCAGCUCUGAAGUCCAACCCGACCCAUCUGACAGAACUGGACCUGAGCUGCACCAACCUGGAAGGUUCUGUAGUGAAGGAGCUCUGUGGUUUUCUACAGACUGAAGGCUGCAGACUGGAGAUAUUGAUAUUGUAUGAAUGCAGUUUGUCAGAGACCAGCUGUGAUUAUUUUACUGAUGUGGCAGGAGCACGCGGCUUUGACACCUGGGUGGUGUGUGUCGAGGUGGGCGUGACUGUCACUAAGUCACAUCGUAUGGUUUAG